AUGGCUGAUCAGGCACAGCAGCCGAUAAUAGCUGCGGAACCCGAGAUCGACGAUGGUGCAUCCUCUAUCGGUGGGUCGUCCAUAGACGACUCGCUGGCUUCUCUGAGGUCCAGCAUCCUCGACUACCGCCGAGAAAAUGAAUAUCUCCUUCCCAAUGACGAGCGAGAGCAAGACAGACUUGAUCUCACCCAUAACCUGUGGCUACUUACAUGGGAUAACAAACUUUGCAACUGCCCCAAGAACGCUGGUGCCAAGCGCGUGCUAGACAUCGGCACUGGUACUGGCGUCUGGGCCCUAGACUAUGCGGACGACCACGCUGAAGCUAUAGUGCUUGGUGUUGACCUAAGCCCGAUUCAACCCGGCUUCGUACCUCCAAAUUGCUCAUUUGAGGUUGACGACGUCGAGAAAGAGUGGCUCUGGUCGGAGCCGUUUGACCUCAUCUUUGUCAGAAACAUGAUUGCGAGCUUUUCUGAUUGGCCGGGAAUGAUCGCCAAGGCCUAUGAGCGUCUCGAGCCAGGCGGUUAUCUUGAGCUUCAGGACAACAUGUUUCCACUCAUGUGUCGAGACGACACGAUGACGGACGACUUCAAGCCCUUCGAGUGGACGAAGUUGGUCAUGGAGGCAGCUGCAACGAUGGGUCGUCCGGUCAAUGUCGCUGCCAGCUUCAAGCAGAUGUUGGAGGACGCAGGCUUUGUCGAUGUCGAGGAGAAGAAGGCCAUCUGGCCUUACAACCCCUGGCCUAAGGACCCGAAGCUCAAGGAGUUAGGCUUGUGGGCUCAAGCAUCUGCCGGCUCGGGAAUUGAAGCAGCCUCUAUGGCUCUCUUCACCCGCGUCCUGAACUGGACUAAGGAGGAGGCGACGGUCUUCAUUGCUGAGGUGAGGAACGAACACAAAAAGAUUGGAGUUCAUGCAUACUACGACGUGUAUGCUGCUUGGGGUCGGAAGCCAGAGAAAAAGGACGAGGAAGCUGUAGUGCCUUCUUAA